GAUGUUACAACUAGUCCCUAGCGGCGCAGAUUUCAAAGAGAAAAUAAAAGUCCACCAAUCUUCUUGAAGCGUUUUUAUUUUAUUUUUACAACAUACGGGGAUAAUACUAGAAAACACUCUGAAUUUUGAGCUAUUUACGCAUUUUCAAUGCCACUGAAAUCGAUCUACCCCUAGGAGUACGUGAACUCGCGCCGCUUAGUUAAGACGCUUGUCAACCGAACAAAAAAACUCGCUUUUUUUCGCAGGAGAACAAGUAUUUGGAAGAGUUGUUUUCCCUGUUCGUUUACGAACUCUUCAUAAUGAUUACAAAUAAAAUACUAUAUCGAUGAUCGACCCCCAUCCAUAAAUAAAUCCAAGACCUUGGAAAAUGGACAAAUUCGUGGUGCGUCUACCAAACGGGGAAGUACCCAAGGAAACGAAGGAUAAAGAAAAGGUGUAUCGACAAGCAACUAUUGAGUCUCUACGUAGAGUGGUGGUGAUUGAAGACAUUGAAAGGUACAAGUCCAUGCUGGAACUGCCUGGCCAGACCAAGGAGAAUCUGCUACUAGCCCUGGCAGAGCUCAACAAGAAGAUGCCGUCCAAGGAGGUGCUCAAGUCAACCAGAAUAGGCCACACUGUUAACAAGAUGCGUAAGCAUCACCCCGACCCUGAGGUGAGUUCCCUAGCGGCUGAAGUGUACACUGUAUGGAGGCGCUUCAUUGAAGAGCACUCCAACAAGCCCUCCAUAGAAGUACGCUGUGACAAGCAGACUGAGGGACUGAGGAACAACGCCAGGAGAAUGUUGUCUGAAGCUCUGGAAGUGGAGACAGACAGUGGUCUGGUGGAGAACAUAGAGAGAGAGGUGUUCCACCAGAGUUCUCGGCUAGUCAGCGGCUCCUACAGACGAACUAUCAGGAAGCUGGUCUUCGCCCUCAAACACCAGCCAGAGGUCAGGGGUCAAGUCAAGGAGAGUAAGAUCCCAGUAAACCAGCUGGUGUCCACCCACAAGAAGUAAAUGCACUCUGUUCAGAACCUUCUCUGUGGUAAAAAUAUCUUAAAGGGUUCUUUGUGGGUGAAAGGGUUCCACCUAGAACUAUAUACACACACACACACACACACACACUGUACCGGUCGAAUGUUUGGACACACCUACACAUUCCAGGGUUUUUAUUUAUAUUGUAGAAUAAUAGUGAAGACAUCAAAACUAUGAAAUAACACAUGAAAUCAUGUAACAAAAAAAGUGUUAAACAAAUCAAGAAUGCCAACAGUGUGCAGAGCUGUCAUCAAGGCUAAUGGUGGCUACUACGAAGAAUCUCAUAUGUUUCACACCUUUUUUGGUUACUACAUGAUUCGAUGUGUUAUUUCAUGCUUUUGAAGUCUUCACUAUUAUUCUACAAUGUAAAAAAUUAAGAAUAACCUUUGAAUGAGUAGUGUCCAAAAGUUUGACUGGUACUGUAUGUAUGUAUGUAUAUGUGUAUAAUAUAUAUAUAUUAUUCAUUCAAAGCGUGUAGUCAAACCUAACAAGUAGCUGGCUAACCCCAAUCCAGCUGCAGAAGACUGUUGAAGUGUUUGAGAUCGACUCUGUUGCGGUCGGACUGAGCAGAAUCACUGCUCUACAAAGCAACCCAAAAUAAAGAAUCAGAUUCUGUGAUCAAGAUCGGGGGAUUCUGAACCUCGCUUUGCUCAAAUGGAUCUACUCAAACAUGUUGGUAGCUAAACCCAGACCCAUGAGACCUGCUGCAAAGGAAGACUGCGACAUGCCAAUUGUUUCUGGACUGGUGCUUUAGAAUUUUUUUUUUUUUAAAGCUGGUCUCCAAUCACAAGAAGAAGCUGGGACAUUCUGGCAAAUACUGGAUUGGUGCCUUUUUCUAAAAUGGUGAAAGACAGUUGGCGCACACGGUCAUUAAUUGUAUGAAUUAGGCCUACCUCUUUUAAUUGAGCUGUUUUGUAUUCAUCUUAGAUUUUAUAUGUUGAAGUAAAUCAAAUGUUGAUCUCUG